AAUUAGGUACAGGGGACUAACUAGGUGUUAGAUAGCUAUCUAGUUAACUUUAUAUACAGUAGUAUCUAUGCCUUUGAUUCUAUAGCUAGCUAGGUGGCCAGUUAUUAACUGAAAAUGAGUUUAGACACACUCUUUCAACAAAUCCUUCUAACUGAACAACAGUUAACUGAACAGACACAAAAAUUCAAAGAAGUCAAAGUAGCCAUCAUCAGAUACAAUGAGAAGAUCAAGAGUGCCACUGAGAAGAAUGAAAAGGCCAAUGAGGAACUUGAUACAAAGGCCCAGCAGUUGUCUGCAAUGAGGCUGCAGCAUGACCUGAUGAAGAAAUGUGAAGACCAGAUGUUGAAGCAAAUUGAGAAGCUGCUCAGCCAUCAGAGCCAACUCAGGGAACGUCUCGCCAAGAUAAAGUGGGAGUCUAAAGAGGAAAAGGAAUACUUCCUUCAAGAGAUCUCAAGGUUCAACAGUGACUUCAGUCUUCGAGGAACCAGAGACGUAGUGUUCGAGAGCCAAACACACACUGAGCUCCUGGACCUGGAGAGGGAGGUGGAGGCAUUAUACAAAGAGAUGGAGCUGAUGAGCCACAGGAACAGUCGAAUGAGCUCCAUGCAGGAGGAGAAGAGAGUGCUCCAGCUCAAAAUGCAGGGCCUGUAUAACGUCCACAAAGACCUGGAUCAUCAGUUGAGUGAGGCUGAAGCAAUGACAGAAUCUCUGAGAGCCGAGAGCCAGUUUGUCAGUCAGAAACCUCUCACUGACAGCACCUGUCUGAAGCUGAGGGAGGAGCUGGAGAUGUAUAAAGAAGGAGAGCUUCUGCGAGAGGCCCUCAGCUCUGAAAUACACUUCCUGAAGUCUCAGAAGCUGGACAGCAGCCAGGGAAGUGAGCAGCAUUAGGUUUGGCAUAAGUUGAUGACAAACGCAGCCUGACCAAGCUCUCUCCUGCUGGGGAUGUUUAGCACUGCCUGCUGGAGUGUUUCCGAUGUGGUCUGUAGGAUCUGAACUGGAAGUUUGUAUUCCAUGUCAAGCAGCAGGGAAAUGACCCAGAAUGACGCCAAACAGAAAGGACCUGAGCCCCACGACCUCCUCUCCACCAUGGAGACCUGGAAAGAGGACAGACUACACAGACUCAAAGUUCACACAAAUAGGAGAAAUGAAACAAACACACAGAGGGAGAGAGAGAGAGAGAGAGAGAGAGACAAGGAAAACAUGCACACAGGGGACAGAGGGACAGAAACACGAGGAGAGGUUGAAUCUCCUCCAGAUGCAAACAUCUGGAAUGAGGCACCGACAGUCGGGAGAGAGAGAGUUCCCAGGAUGGCCGAUGUUCCAGCAUAGAGAAGCCUGAGAGAAAGAGAAAACAUGGAGAGAGAGAGACAAACAGCUUGGACCCUCAUGUGCUUGUGGGACACAAACAAACAGAAGGUUGGAGGGAUGCAGUGGUUUAUAGAAAGUUUUCACAUUUCUCGUUGGCAGGACAAACAUGGACUAUAAUACGAGGCUUAAUACAUUAAUUGAUGUCUGAGAGCAUGGGAUGAAAUAUAAGUUUUAAGGAGAUCAGAUAUGUGCCCAUUUACAAUUUAUUCACGACAUUAGAAGGGAGCCAAUGAGGGAAAUCCAAAACUGGUGUAAUAUAGUACUGCAGCAUACUAGCAUUCAACAGGCUUGGCAAAUUUGUUUUUACAAUAAUCAAAUCUGGAUGAUACAAAAGGGUGAAUUAGGGUGUCUGCAUCAGCGAAAGACAGAAACAACUUUUUGCUAUGUUACCUAUGUAUAGGUGAAUAAAGGUUGUCUUGGUGAUUUAUUGUGCCAGAACAGAUUGGUAGAGAGGGUAGGAUAAUAUUUAAAACCAAGAUUAUUGGCUGUCGAACUUUGAGGAAUCACCCAGUUUUCUAGCGUUACUUGAUCAAACUGGUGUCUAUGUGGAGCAGGGCCAAUGAUCAGCAUCUCAGUUUUAUCAUAAUUUCAGGGCAGCAAAUUACAUGACAUUCAGUUUUCCACAGCAGACAAGCAGGCCUUUAAUUUAAUAAUUUGGAAAAAAGACCAUGCUCCUUUACAGGCACAUACAGCUGAGUAUCAUCAGCGUAGCAGUUACAAUUAAUUCCAUGGCCGAAAGGCGAAAUAGCCCUGAGGUACUCCAUAUUUCACAUCAGAAAAUAUUGAUGUAGGGUCAUUACUGGAAACACACUGUGUUCUUUCAGAUAAGUAAGAUGGCCAGAGACGGAAAAUUGUAUACAGUGCAAAAAAAAUAACGCGCAGAAAGAAAAGACAACUGGCACCCUUUUGCUUCAGCUGCAGUUUUUCUCUCUCGCACUAAUCAUUCGCUGUUUCUCUGAGACAGUGACACUGCUAAUAGGCCCUAGGACGAUAAAAGGCUUUUCAGAUUAGUGCUCCAAAGUAGCUUUAGGAUUUUUCCAGGUCCCAGCUCAGGGGCCCUCCCUUGUUGGGGAGCUUGGCUCUGCGAAACAUUUGGUUAUUCCAGGAAGAAAACUCAACCUUGUAUGAAGACAACAAGGUCUAAUUGUAAUGUUAUGUUUGCCAUGUGAUGUAUGUGGUUGAUGCGUUGUGUUGUAUGCAUUUAUGUGUGUUGAUUUCUAUGUGAGGCUGUGUGCAUUUCUGUUUGUGUGUGAGUUAUUGGUUUAUUUUCCCCUUUUAUGUGACUGUAAAUGAAUGCUAUUUGAAUAAAG